UGAAGGUAAGUAAAUGAUGAUGUUUUACCGUCUGUGUUGUCACACUUUUUAAAUGUGUGCUAUUGUAAUUGUAAUUUAAAGGUAUGUAGGUGUGAUUUAGUCCUGUUUGCAUUGAAUACAUAUACAUCUGCAGUCUUUUGUUUUAGAUUGUUCUGUCUUGACAGCUGUGGAUACAUGUGAGUGUUUGGAUUGCCGUCGGCAAUGAUGCCUUAAGUCGCUGGAGUGAGAGAGCCUGCCAGUUGUGCCCGAGACUAUAGGAUGGUCCCGUUCUUCACCUUUGACCUCGGAGGUCAGAGCAGUCAGGUCUCUGUCUGUACGUGGCUCUCGCUGAGUUAUAGUGUGUCAUGACUGACAGCUGGCAAGAACCAAUAAACUCCAUCCCUUGCAUUCCUGUGAAAGACCCUUAAAGAAGAGCUGUCAUGUGAUUUUCUUGUGAACAGGCCUGCUGUGUUUUUACUGUGUUUUACCCUGCUGUUCUAGCACAGCUUGCCGUGAGGGCAUCUGAACAGGGGUCAAGGCGGCUCUUAUUUCUGAUGCACAUUGAUCUUAAAAAAAUGCUAUACACUUCCUGUUGAAUAUGUCCACCUUUCUGACCUUCUGAACUUCUUCAAGCACAGGUCAUACACAUAAUGACUUUGCGAUUCCUCUACUAAUGAUGGUAACCAAAACGUUUUUUGAAAUGUAAAGUAAAUGUUAUAUUACGGCUAAUAAAAUUAUUUGGAUUCUGCAAGGAUUAGAACCUCUUACACCAAAUAUAUGUGACCCUGGACCAUAAAACCAGUUUUAAGUAGCACUAGUAAUAGCCAAAAAUACAUAGUAUGGGUCAAAAUGAGCGAUUUUUCUUUUAUGCCAAAAAUCAUUAGGAUAUUGAUUAAAGAUCAUGUUCCGUGAAAAUAUUUUGUAAUUUUCCUACUGUAAAUAUUUGUUGUACAGGGUCACAUAAUAUACCCAUAGAGCAACAAAGUUUGAUUCUGUUCGUGGCUGCAAAAUAUACCUAAUAUGCAACUUGCCCUUCAAGUGCUCACUGAGCACUUUUAUAGUUCAUGCACUUUUUUUACUGUUUCUACCCCCUCCCUUCUCUCUCUCCCCUGUCUGUCUUUCGUUGCCUUUUGCCUUAACCGUGAGCCAACCUGUUGUAGCUCUUCCACACCCCCUAAACUUUCCCCUUCAGAGGUAUUUGCUUCAUUCAUUCACUCUCAGUCUCUUACACUUUCCUCUGAGGCUCUCUUGGAUUCUCACACCCCUCUUGCCCUGGGACUGUACCCUACAGCGUGGGGAUCCCAUAACCAAUUCUUAGAUUAUUGGAUUAUUAGCGUAAUCUUACAGAUCUCCAGUGGAUCGAGUCAAGCAGACGGCUGUCGAUUCUGAGUUAGAGGAUCAUGGUUCUGUGUACUGUAGUAGAGAUAAAAGGGAGAAAGUAUUGCAGCUAGAUAAAGCAGAGAACAAGGCCGUCUCAGGACAUCAGUCCAGGGUAGAGGAUCUGCCAGGAGAGAGACAACACACACACACAAAGAGAGAGAGAUGGAAUUUUGCAGCGUGUGGAUCUUCCUCUUGUUCCUGUGUCUCUCUCAUCAAAGCGUCUCUGCGGAAGCUGAAGAAUGUCGCACAGCCCAGCCUGCAGAUAUUGUGUUCCUGGUGGAUGAUUCCUGGUCAGUGGGUCCAUCCAGCUUCCAGCAGAUCAAAGAGUUUAUAGCAGACGUCAUCAGAGCUUUCCAGGGCAGUGUAUUUGGACAGGAGGGCGUUCGCUUUGGAGUGACCGUCUAUUCAGACGUGCCCAGGAUGCGUAUAGCUCUGACGGAUUACUUGACUUUGGAGGAAGUGCUCAGGGCCGUGGAGGAUGUGCCGUAUGAGGGCGGAAGCAGUCGCACUGGUCUGGCAUUGGAGUUUCUGGUAGAAUCUGUCUUCAGCUCCGCCAUCGUCAGAGACAAUGCCCCAAAGAUUGCUGUUUUGAUCACUACUGGUCAGUCAGAUGAUCUGGUCAAUGGUCCGGCUACAGCAGUUGCAGACAGUGGGAUUUCCCUGUUUGCUGUGGGGGUGAGGAACGCUGAUCUGUCAGAGCUGAGGAAAAUUGUUACAGAACCUCACGAGGAACAUCUGAUGCUCAGCCCAGAUUUUUCUUUUCUUGAGCACCUGCUUCCCAAACUCUCUCGUCGCAUCUGCUUCACAGCUUCAGAACCUCCUCGACCCAUCAAACAAAACCUGCCAGUGGUGGAGAGAAUCGUAGGUCCUAAAGAUCUGCAGGUGAGCGCAUUGAGUUAUAACUCUCUAAAGCUGACCUGGAGUCAGGCCACAGGAGAUGUAACCGGCUACAGGCUGCUCAUCACCCCCGUGUCUCCGAAGGGCCAUCUGCUCCCAGCACAGCAGAGACAGAUUGAUUUGAAAGGAGAUGUUGGUAGUAGUCUGGUAACUGGGUUGAGUCCUGAAACAGAGUACUCUCUCACAGUCUAUGCCAUCUACCCUGGACGCGUUGGCGAGUCUGCAACUAUUAUCACAGAAACCACUCCUGUGCCGCCUGUUGCAAACUUUCGUAUGAUUGAAGAAGGACUGUUCUCCUUACGCCUGGGGUGGGCAUCUCCGCUUGGAAAAGUAGAUGCCUAUAAAAUCUACAUUCCAAGACCGGACAGACCCGGGCUCCUUUAUGAGCAGAUGCUGACAGGUGACACCUCCUCUCAUGUGAUUGACGCCUUAGAAGAGGAUCAAAACUACACGGUUAGCAUCUACGCCAUGUAUCCAGAGGGCACCAGUGCGUCUGUGUCGGUCACAGGAAGAACUUUGAAACUGAUUCCAGUUAAGCAACUGCUGGUGCAGAAUGCCACAACAGAUACGGUCCAGGCCCGCUGGACAUCUGUCAGAGGGGCCACGGGACACAGACUCACCUGGUCAUCAGCAGAGGGGCACAUUGAGAAUGUAAAUCUUGGGAACAACUUCAAUUUCUACAUGGUGCAAGGCCUACAUGCUGGAACAGAGUACACAGUAACCAUCAACCCAAUAUUUGUGGACAUUGAAGGGCCUGUUACCACUGCCAAAGCCAAGACAUUGGAAAGCAGUACAGUACAAACCCUGAGGGCCACGGCGGUGAGCACAAGCAGAGCUGUUACCUCGUGGAACUCUGUGCCCGGGGCCACCGGCUACAGACUGGCAUGGGGACCUACUGCAGAGUUUACAGGCAGAGAUCGACCCAGGCAGUUGGCUCUGAACAGCAGCACUACUGAAUAUAUUCUGAAGAAUCUGGUCCAUGACACAGAGUAUGUUCUUUCUCUGUAUGUGCUUUUCGGUUCUUUGGUCGGACCCGGCAUCACAGCUACAUUCAGGACCUCUCCUCUUGGAUACGUGUCAAAUUUUAAAGUGACAUCGUACACCAGCUCCUCCAUCGAUGUGGAGUGGAGCCCAAUUGUUGGGGCAACAGAGUACAAACUCACCUGGAGUUCAGAAUUGGUGCGUCCCCAGAGCCGCUUUCUUGACCGCAGCGCUUUAAGACACAUCAUAUCUGGUCUUCAGCCAAACACUGUUUAUUCUAUCAGCAUUUACGCUCUCUACAGCAACACAGAAGGGCCGGAAAUCACCCUUGCACAGCAAACAGCGUUUAUUUCAGACUCUGAGGUGAUUGAGACAGUUCGUGAGGUGAAGGUGGUGGACAUUGGUGCCAGCUCCUUCACACUUGGCUGGAGGAAAACGCCAGGGGCCAUUGGGUACAAGAUCACCUGGAGCCCCUUCCACGGUGGAGUAAUGAAGAGUGAGGUUGUAUCUUCAUCUACCACAUCUUUCACCAUCACUGGUCUUCCUGCUAGCUCCGCCUACAAGAUCCAGGUGUCUGCAAUGGUCAGAGGCAAAGAAGGAAGUCCAGUCAUGGUGACCGCCCGCACUUUGGAUCUGCCUAAAGUGACUGGAUUCAUCGCUCUGAACACCACAGACAACAGCACUGUACUGAACUGGACCAGUGUGGCCGGAGUUUCCGGGUAUCUGCUGUCCUGGAGACACAUUUCAGAGGUGGUGAUGUCCUCCGAGCUCCUCAGUUCCACUUUUACCUCCUACAAGAUCAGAGAUCUCCAGUAUGGGAGAACCUACAUGUUUUCCAUCAGGCCGCUUUAUGGGGAAGUGGAGGGUCCUGUCACAACCAUCACUAAAAGGAUCUUGGGGGUUCCUCGUCUCAUUCCUGUGCAUAGCCCCACACCUGCUCCUGUCUCAGCUCAUACCAACCUCAAUGUUGUCCAUCUUACAAGCACAAGCACCCGAACACCCGUUGCCAAAGCCCCCAGCACACCCACUACCACACAGAAACCUGCUACGAGGCCUCAGGUCACCAUAGGCCAGACGGCCCAAUCACUGACCAGAAUGACCACAGCAAAUGAGCGAACCACCAUGUCUGUAGCAACUCCGCCUCCUGGGCCAGUGUGUGGCAGGGUGAAGGCAGACAUUGCGUUUUUGGUCGAUGAAUCCUCAAGUAUUGGUUCCAAUAAUUUCGCCAAGCUGAAGGACUUCCUGUUCAGAAUCGUCACCUACUUCCCCUCUAUAGGACCUAAAGGAACACAGAUAGCAGUAGUUCACUAUAGCGAUCAGCCCAGGAUCGAGUUCAACCUGAAGACUCACAAAGAUCGCAACUCGGUUUUGAGAGCGCUCAGAGAAGUUCGCUAUGGAGGGGGGAAUACAAAAACAGGUCGUGGGAUCAGCUAUGUCCUCAGGGAGCUGUUUCAGGAGUCUUUGGGAAUGAGACAGGACGUUCCUCAUGUGUUAGUGUUGCUGACCGACGGGAGAGCGCAGGAUGAUGUAGAGCCGCCUUCCCGGAUAGCGCUCGCCCUGGGUGUCAGCGUGCUGGCCAUCGGAAUCGGUCAAGCGGAUAUUGAGGAACUGAGGACGAUCGCUUCCCCCACCACCUACAAGAACAUCUUCUUCGCCACUGACUUUGAUGAUCUGCCCACCAUCGAGAGAGAGUUGAUCAGCAGCCUCUGUAGUGAAGCUUUACAAUCAGAGUUCAAACAGCAUGAUGAGUCUGCUCAACUAGACACACCUACUAGCGACCCAGAACCUCUUCCUAAACCAGAAGGGCCCUGUCCGCUCAACUGCAAGGGUCAGAAAGGAGAGAAGGGCGAUGGAUUUGGUCUUGGUGGCCUGCGCUUGAAGCAAAGCCCAGGGCAUUAUGACUCAUUCAGUCUAAAAUCCAAAGGAGAGAAGGGUGAGAGGGGUCUUCCCGGAAUCGAUGGCAUCCCCGGGUUACCAGGUCGGCCGGGUAGAACUGGACCCCCUGGCUCUCAAGGGCAAAGGGGACCAACUGGAACUUCUGGUGACAUGGGACCUCCUGGUCAUACUGGACCAAAAGGACAGAGAGGAGAGAGAGGUGAGCCAGGAUAUGUCAUAGGAGCAGGCAUGGAGGUUAUUCCAGGACGUAAAGGAGAACCUGGAUCUUCUGGCCCUCCGGGUCCUCCAGGUGUCCCAGGGGUAUCAGGUCCCCCUGGGCUGCCGGGUCAACCUGGGCUCCUGGGGCCUCCUGGACUCUCUGUCAAGGGUGAGUCUGGUGAACCUGGUCUCAAAGGUCCACGUGGGAAACCAGGUCCCAAAGGAGAAAAGGGAGAGCAGGGAGAUAAUGGUCUAGCUGGUUUACCAGGACCAGUGGGGGCGGAUGGAGUCCCAGGACUGCAUGGUCAGAAGGGUGGGAAGGGAGAGAACGGUAUAGGAAUUCAAGGCGCUCAGGGUCCACCUGGGCCAGCUGGAGAGAAGGGUUAUACUGGACUACAAGGCCCAAAGGGUGAACCAGGAAUCCAAGGUCCCCAGGGACUCAUGGGCCCUCGGGGGAAAAGAGGUUCUAAAGGAGAUCAAGGAGUCAAGGGUGAACGUGGGGAGACAGGGCCAGUCGGGCCUGCAGGAAUUGCAGGCUUACCUGGAGCUGUUGGACCAAAGGGAGAUGAGGGGCAGCGUGGCGCUCCCGGUGACCCAGCGAAAGGGAUUCUCGGUCCUCCGGGGAAGAAGGGCGCGAGGGGUGACGUCGGGCCUGUCGGGCCACCUGGAUCUCAAGGGACUAAAGGAGAGCAGGGAGAUAAAGGUGAAAAGGGCAACCCUGGCUUUGGAAUCCCUGGUCAAUCUGGCCCUAAAGGAGAGAGUGGAGAAAGAGGAAAUGUUGGAUUAUCAGGAAAACCAGGACCUAAAGGCAACGAUGGUUCCAAAGGAGACAUGGGGGAAACGGGUUUCCCUGGCAACUCUGGAUCUCCAGGACUAAGAGGUAAAGAUGGCUUGCCAGGAACAAAAGGGGAGAUGGGAUCGAGGGGGGAGCCUGGUUCACUAGGAGAGCCCGGAGAGAGAGGAACCAAGGGCCCUCUCGGUCUUCCAGGACGACCAGGGGACACUGGUGAGAAAGGAGAGCCUGGAAAAUUAGGGUUACCGGGUCCUGAGGGACACAAAGGAGAGAAGGGUGAGCCGGGAAAGCCAGGACCACCAGGAGGUUCUCCGUUUACCAUGUCAGACAAUACCGUCCUAACAAGGGCUAUUAAGGGUGAACCAGGUGAGCCAGGGCUCCCAGGCCAACCUGGACAACCUGGUCCUGAAGGCAAACCCGGACCACCAGGGAAUUCACUAGGUGAACCAGGACAGAAAGGAGACCCUGGGUCGAACGGAGAGAAGGGAGAUCCUGGACGAGCUGGGAUUACUGGUAUGCCUGGUUUACCUGGAACACCUGGCAAACCUGGUGUGGAUGGAAAGCGAGGGGUAGCUGGAAAAGAUGGAGAACGAGGACUAAAGGGCGAUGAAGCGGAAAAGGGAGAAAAAGGUGAACCUGGUGCAAAUGGAAAUGAAGGUAAAAAGGGAGAGCCCGGAUCCCCAGGCUUGCCAGGUCCACCCAUUGUGCUCCAAGAGGGUAUGUCGAUAGAAGACAUAAAAAAGGUGUUUCCCAUACCAAUGGGACCCCCUGGACCAACGGGUCCACCUGGAAUGAAGGGAGAGAAAGGAGAGAGGGGUAUGCAUGGAGAUAAGGGGGACGCUGGCCCACCCGGGAGUGCUGUGGAAAUAAAGGACAUUGAAGCUUUGUUUGAUUCAUAUGGCAUUAAACUCUCGCUGCUGAAGGCUUUGAUUGACAGACUUCUGCAGGACGGUAUGGAGGAGCUUCUUCAUGACAUCAGCACCAACAGGAGAGUGAAAGGAGAGCGACAGGAACCCGAUUCCAACAUCAUCACCGAAUACACCAGCUCAGUAAAGUACAGUCACGCUCAUGAAUCAUUAUCUUCUGUGGAUGUGAGUACAGAAGAGUCUGAUCUGGAUGAGGGGCAGAUGCCUGAACCCAGUCCCGAACCAGUGGUUGAAAUAGAUGUGGCUCCUACCCUUCUCUCGACCACCCACAGUAAGACUAACCAGAGCAAAAUAAAAGACAAGCUGGCAGAGAACGAGGAAAGCGCAACAGUUGAGAACAACUUUCAUAAUGUCACAUCUUCCAAAUUUUCCAACUCCAACACUUCCUCUGAGAGGGUGGAUUCUGGUAAAGCAGAGGUAGGUAUGGAGACAGUUUUACACAGCCAUGAUGACACAGGAAAGAAGGCUUCUGGAGAAAAGAAGAAAGGCAGAGAAAAAGGAAAGGGCAAAGGAAACAAAGGACGUCAAAAACGGCAAAGGAAGCGUUUGCAAGACCAAGACAACAUGGAAGAGGAGGCAUCUUAUGAUGAAGAAUAUAGUGCUGAGUAUGAGGAUGAGAUGCCCACAGAAGACCCGUUUACCGCUGAAGAGCAGGAGAAUACAGAGGAGCUGAAAAUCUCUACAACAGCUUUAUAUACACAAGAAAAUGAGGGAGAGAUAGAAGCACAUCCACUAGCACAAAUUCCAGAGGAAAUUACACCGACUGCUUUCACAACAACAGAGAGUGCUCUGAUUUCAUCCCGAGUCACAGAACAGAUGCCAGCUGAAUCUACAGUAUUGCCAGUGUUAAAUACAACACAAACUGAAGAGGAGGGGAACUUGUCCAAAAAUAGUGGCCUGGCAGAGGCAAGGUCUAAGAUGAGAAGGAGCGCCCCCUGGCCCGAUCCCAUGGCCUACAUGCCUGGAACAGCAGGAGGACAAUGGCGUUACAAGCAAGGGCACAAGUGGUCAACCUCUGGUGCGAGAGGAAAAAAGAAGCUAAAUAAAAAGAAGCAGGAAAACAAAGCACCCGAACGUGUGGCAAAGACAUACAGAGAGGCAGAUGUCUAUCUUAAGAACAAAGAGGAAAGGGAUGAGAGACAGGGGGAUAUGGAAGAAGAGGAUACAGUGACUGAAAACAGAGAAUAUGGUUCAGGUGAUGGCGAUGAUGAAACAGGCAGCGAGGAAACCGAGGAAGACUUUGAGAUGGAAAGGGAGAGAGACAAAUUCGAGAUGGAGAGAGAAAGGGUGGAGCUGGAACGAGAAAGAACGGAAGAACUGGAAAGAGAAAGAGAGCGGGAGAGAGAGAUGGAUCAAGAGGAAAAGGAAGAGAGGGAGAGACAGUUACAGAGGCAAAGAAUAGAAUGGGAAAGGCAAAGAGAGAAAAUGGAGAGAGAGAGGAUGGGCGAGAUAGACAGAGAGGACGACAUUCCCAAUUGUGAUUAUCUGAAGGGACCUCCAGGUGAAAAUGGAAAACCGGGCCCUAAGGGGGAGAUUGGGGAAAACGGCCAGAAGGGCGAGCCAGGAACUGGACAUCGUGGACCCAUCGGUCAAGCAGGUCCACCAGGACAAAAGGGUGAACCUGGGGAACCAGGACCACCUGGAGCUCAGGGCAUCCAAGGUAUCCGUGGCAACCCUGGCAUCCCUGGGUCACCAGGUCAAAGAGGCCAGCCAGGUGACCAUGGAGAAGCAGGUAAAAAGGGUGAAAGAGGAAGAAGAGGUAAAAAUGGCUCACCUGGCUCUCCAGGGACAUCUGGUCCUUCAGGACAGCAGGGUCCACCUGGCCCUCCCGGGCCUAAAGGUGAUAAGGGUGACAGUAUCCCUGGAGAAACCGGUGACAGAGGAAUUUCAGGGCUCCCAGGUCGCAGGGGACCGAAAGGCACUGAUGGUGCUAAAGGUCCUCUGGGUCUCAUGGGUCCUAAAGGCCUCGGUGGUGUGAAAGGAGAAAAGGGGGACAAAGGUGUCCCUGGUAACAGAGGAGACAAGGGUAGCCCACUUUCCAUGCCAGGCCCCCGAGGAUUUAAAGGCCUUAAAGGAGAACCAGGUGAGCGUGGGCUUCCAGGAUUUGAUGGAGAUAAAGGAGAAAAGGGGGAAGAUGGACCACCUGGUGCGAAGGGCCUGAAAGGUGAGGCUGGUACCAAAGGAGCCAUGGGGCCUUUCGGUGCACGUGGUCCUGUGGGACAAAAGGGGGAUCCGGGGGAGCCAGGCGUCAAUGGGGAAAAGGGUCGAAAUGGAGAGAACGGAGUGGAUGGUGAAACAGGUGAAAAGGGAGACAUGGGCCUGCAAGGUCAAAAGGGGGAUAAGGGUGAAAGAGGUGAUCCUGGUUUACCUGGAGAUACAGGAAUUAAAGGAGAGAAGGGCUUCAGAGGUUUCCCUGGUCGUACUGGUAGCCCAGGACUGGAUGGAGAACAGGGUGAUCACGGGGACCCUGGGGCACUUGGCAUACCUGGACUGAAUGGUAUCCCAGGACGAAGGGGAGAAAAAGGCGAUAGUGGUGUGAAUGGCCUUGAUGGAGCUUCUGGGCAAAAAGGAGAUAAGGGGGCGACUGGAUUUCCAGGUUUCGCUGGGUUUAAGGGAUCCGCUGGCUCACAUGGAGCUAACGGCUCUCCGGGGCUGCCUGGUCCAGUUGGACCCAAAGGAGAAGAAGGACCGAAGGGAGAAAAGGGGAAGCGAGGCCGAGGAAAGGCCUGUCAAAGGGGACCCCCUGGAAUUCCUGGUCUCAGAGGCCUGGAUGGGGAAGAGGGAACCUUGGGCAUGAAGGGAGAAAAAGGCGAGCCAGGACUCAGUGUGGAGGAUGUGAAGGAACUAGUGACAACGGAGGUGGUUGAGAAGUGUGGUAAGGAUUAUCUCCUCAUGAUGAACACAAACGAUCCCGACGAUGGUAGCAUCAUGAGAGAUGAGAUAUCUGCCCAUCCUUUCAUGCACACCCUCCCGAAAGAGUGGGCUGAAGAUAUGGAAGAUGAAACCACCCCAGUUCAUCCCGCUGUUUCGGAUUCAGAGCCAACGUUAACAUAUGGUAACAUUACAAGGGCCAACGCUGAGAGAGAUGGAGAAGGAAUUAAGAGGAGACGUUCACUCAAAGUCCGCGCAGACCCGGCCGCUGAUCCGUGCCUUGAACCCAUGUCUGAGGGAAUCUGCACGGAGUACGUCCUGCUCUGGUACUACUACGCAAAUUCGGGAGAGUGUCGACCCUUUGUGUACGGCGGCUGUGGAGGAAAUAGGAAUCGCUUUGGCUCCAAACAGGACUGUCAGAAUCGAUGUGUUUUGGGCAGGAGAGAUUUUGGAUCCUGAGGAUGGAAUAUGCGCUAAUAACUCAUUUUUACAGUCACCUAACAAUUCUCCUACUAAAAAUGCUAUUUAUGUACAUUUUUGACAUACAGUAUGUAUAUUAAUUCUUAUCACAGUUGUAUAUGCCAGAAACUUCUUAUCUUGUUUAAUCUACAUUAUGUUUGCAUUUUACUUGUAUAACAAACUGUUGCACUGUUUUAGUGAUGACUACUGUUUUUAUGCCUGAUCUCCGAGGUCAUGACUUUUAAGAGUUUAAUGCACUAUUAAUGUGAUCAUUCACCCAUAAAUAAAAAUUCUGUCAUUACUGCUCAUCCUUAUAUGACGACAGAAUUUUCUGUUUUGGAUGAACUGUCUCUUUAAGAAAAGAAAUUUGUAUUCAUUACUCUUUACUGUAUGGUUCACCAUUUUGCACUAAUGGCUCUGUUAUAAAAAUGUUUAUGGUUACACUGACUUUUUAAAAAUAAUAUAUGAUUCAAUAAAAGUGAACGAAUACAGAUUUUUGAAUGGGCUGAUUGGCGCCUUGUGGAGCGGGAGGAUGUGUGUUAUGCAUGUGGGUGGGUGUGUGCGUGGGAACAUUUUCACAUCGUGACCUCUGAUUUUGGAAAGUGCUCUCUGAGCUUGGCCCUGUGUUGCAUAUAAAUGCUGCCAUAUUGGCUUUUCUUCAACCAUGUUUGUUGAGUCGUGUCUGGACAGUGUCUCCCGGGGGCAGGCAGAGAACGUGUGUGUGUUUAGAGCAGUGCAACUGACUAGCUUCAUUUGUGGGUGGCUUAUAUGAUCAUUUGUUUUGUGUGUGUGAGUGUGUCUGUGUCCUCCCUCAUUAUUUGUACUUUUUUUUAUUUUACCUCUUCAUCUUUUUUUGUCAGUCUCUACCCUCCCUGACAUUUACUGUUUUCUAUAAUCUCUACCCAUUCUGCUCUCAGUUUGCAUCCCGAUGAUUUUCGGUCUUUACAUAUGUCCCAGCUAUGGGGGGCUGUGUAACAGGCUGUGAUCCAAUUUACAGCACAUUGAGAAGAAUGUGGUACAAAAGUCAGGGGGACAGGACAAGAUGCUCUUUACAGUUUGUCAUAGGGAAUUCCUGAGUGAACUUUACACUGUCAAGAUGCCCUUUAAGCCAUCUGUUUAAUGGGUCUUUAAACUUCAUGGGAAAUAAAUACAUUAUCAUUCAAUCCAACCUACAAUGUUUCUGUACAUAGGUUAAUGAGGCUUUAGAGCUUUUCAUGAAAGCAAAUGAAUCUGCCAUUAUAAAGAAAGGAAAGAAAGUAAUUUAACUCAAACUUUAGAGCAGUGAAUGGUCACAAGCUCACAAUUAACAAUUCAUCACAGUUGAUAUUGUUAUUAACCCUGAAAACUCGUUAAACAAUAUAACAGAAACA